UAAUGGGUGCAAGGGGGACAGAUUGCAGGGAUUCAGCUCUCGUAGCCUGGAGUCAUCUCUGACGGCGCUCCAUUCUCCAGACUUGGGAAGAUCCUGUGAAGGACAGAGCCAUGGCUGCAAGGGGUCCGCGCCCCAUGGUGCUGCUGCUCUCUGCACUGCUGUGCCUCUGCCUGGUCCAGCUCACCCAGGGUGCCAGCUUCCGGCAAUUUGUGAACAACCAUGUUAAUGAGCCCAAGACCGCCGCUCCUAACAACAACGCUUACUGCAAUCGCUUGAUGCAGCAACGGGGCAUGACCCGGCCCCGCUGCAAGCUUUCCAACACCUUCAUCCAUGCCCCUAUCAACCAGAUCAGAGCCAUCUGCACCAAUGGUGGGAGACGUUUCCGCAGGAACCUCUUUGACAGCCACAUGUCAUUCUCCCUCACUGUAUGCCGCCUGGUGAACCGGAGACGCGGCAGGUCUUGUGUCUAUACGGGCAGAUCCCAGACCCGCAGGAUCCGGGUGGGCUGUGUCAACCAGUUGCCUGUGCACUUCGAGAGAAUCCUGUAGGGCUCAAGGGCUAGGCCAUGCAGAGAGCAUCCAGCUUCUUGCACAACCUGCCUUUGCUCUCAUGACAUGCCCUCCUGCUUUCUGCUCUUCCUAGGCUAAUGCUCACUGAGUUUCCACAUGCCAGUUGCUUGGGGCCUCGGGGUGGGAUCUCCCAACCUUACCUUCAUGUGCAUGAGCAUGGGGCAUCCAUCUCCCACCCCUCACCUUCUGCUUUCUGCUAGUGUCCAUUAUACAGCGACGCCAACCCUUUCCCAUCCCUUGUCCACUGAGCGGGUAGAUGUUGACUAUGCAGCGCGGGGAUUUGACUGUCUCUGAUUGCACCUUGGAAAAUGGAAGUCUGCUCAAUUCUCCUGCUGUUCUUGCAAUAAACUACUUCCCUGCAAAUUCAGAA